ACAUCACAAUGAUAUGGCCAAAAUAUUUCUUAUUCACGAAAAUAAUACGGCUAGUCACGGUUAUUAUGUUGUUGGCAAUUACAUCACAGUUAAUAUUCUUACCUUGUUCACGACUGAAUAUUCGCUACAAUAUGAACAGAAGAGCACAAGUACCCAUCAAUAUUGACGAGAACGACUAUUCCAGUUCUCAAGAAGUUGAUAAAAUAUUCAGACUACUUUCUAUGCAUGAAUGGAGAAAAGAAACCUUUAAAAAAGUUAAAUUCCUGGAGGGAACAAACGAAUUUUGCCCAGAAUGGGCGCAAGAAUUAGAUUGGAAGGGACCAACUACCAAACCCCUGAUACAAUUAGACCCAACUAGAAUAAUUUAUCCAGCCAAUCGCAAUGGACCGAGCUUUGAAUUGAUUUCAUUACAAGAAGCAAUAUUUAUUGGAAUGGUUACAAACAGGACAGUAGUCAUUCCAUCUUUCCGACCACUAACGUCUGAUAUAGAAUCAAUUUACGAAAUCGACUUACCUGCUUCAUUGAGAGUUGAUCUGAAAAUUCUUUCUCAAUUGGUAUCCUUGACAACAGUGGAUAAAAUGCAACGAUUGUGUCAUAAAAGUUUUGACAUUGGAUUUCAGCAAUCGGACGCACCUUGUAACUUUUGUAAUUUCUUGGAGGAAACAAGCGGAAUGUCUCUCAAUUCCUCAUAUAAACAUUUAUUUGGGCAUGAUCAUUUCACUUACAUGAGAAUUUGGUCAAAGAAAUAUGAAUCCAAAUGCAUACCACCUCUCCUACCCGUUCGAAGAAUACACUUUAAAAGUUCGUUCUCUCUUCGAAAUAUUAAAGGUCAAUUUCGUUCCGAUACGCCUUGUGCAGUGCUUAUCAAUACCUACAAAAGUCCUUCAAAGUUGUCACGAAAGGCAAACCAAGAUAUUUUACAGAAAGCAAUGAAAAACUUAUCGUCUGUAACCCAAGAAGACGUAUAUGGUGCCAAUUUAGAAACAAAGUAUAAACUGAUAGAAGUCUUCACACAAAGACCUAGAUAUGUUCGAGAAUUAGCAUCAGAAUUUAUUAUGGAAGUGAUGAAAAAUCAAGCAUACCUGGCUUUGCAUUGGGGAUACGACUUUAAGUCCGAAUGUCGUUCACACAACAACUUUUGUUUUGAAUCGGAGACACUUGGAACAGCAAACCUAUCAGAGGCAAUCUUGCUUGCUGGCACAAAAUUCGGUGUUGAGGAGGUGUUCAAAGAUAUAUCAACAAACUGCCAAACGCCGGAAAGAGUCAAUUUUUAUUUGGUAGCCGGUGCUAAUGACUCCGAGGAAAUAAAACAUCAGAUUGAAGAUGCCAAUUUUCAACGAGAGUUUUUUCGAAAGAUUGCAAAAAACGAAUAUUACAAAGAUCAACGAUGCUGGAAUAUUGAACUAUUCAAUAAAUUUGAUCUUUAUCGAUUUAUUAUCUCAAAAUAUCCAGAGCAAAAAUGUUCUGCAAUCUGGCAAGAUAUACACGAACUCAUGGAUAUGGUAGAGAAUGAAUUAUGCAAACAGAGUGAAGUAUUCAUCUAUUCACCUAAAUCAGUGUGGUCAGAAGUUGCCAUGCAAACCAGAAUUAAUAAUUUGCCAAUUUGGGCAGUAUUUUCAGAGAUUGAUGAACUGACUAAUAUAUCCUAAUUCAAAUCUACUUGCUUUUCCUUGUUUCAUCGGAUAACUUUUGUACCUGAAACAUUAUUAUUUUAUGCAUCUUUGUUAUGGUAUCUUGGUCUUUCUUAAACUUGAAGCACUAAAUCAUUAAAUAUAUAUGGAUCUUAUUUAAAACUACGAACACUUCUUAGCCUAAAAUAUAAGUCUAUUUCAGAUACUAGCGAU